AGUUUCAUGCCAGCCUGAGAGUUUGUACGAAGGAGUUCUUUGCACUUGUCUGUAUUUGGCCGAGGCUUAUGGAUGGAUGUAUAUCUACCUCAUGCAAUUCUUGACUUGUAAUUUCCAAUCCAGUUUGUAUCAUUUUUGUACCACCACGAUAGUGUCGUUAGCCACUCUACGACACCCAACCACAGCCUCAUCUUCAUCAAUCUAAACUAUGUUCAGUAAACUCACCACCAAGAUUGCCCUUCGAAAAGCAGGUCUCCCGUCAAACACUCUCUCCAACUUUUCAAUCACAAAUCUCGAUAAUGGCGACCAGAAAUCCAUCAAUCCUAAGUCUGGAAACAGCAAUGCCACAUGGGGAGACACUUUCUCAAACAUGACUUCAGAGGUCAAUGUCCCAAAGAGUUGGAAAUCAUGGGGAAAUCCACCACCGGCAAUAGUAGAAGUUGCCCCUGCACCGAUAGUGGGAACGAAGGCGCCAAACACAGGGAAAUUGAUAUUACCCAUGGAGGAUGGAAAGGCUUGCGUGCUCGUAUUUUUGAGGUGCUGUGGAUGUGCUUUUGCAGAAAAGACCUUCAUCGAACUCCGUCGCUUAGCCAAUAAACACCAAAACUUACAUUUCAUCGCCAUAUCUCACAACUCCAAGGAAGCAACGGAUAAAUGGGUGCAGCAGGUUGGGGGAGCAUGGUCAGUUCAAGUAGUCGUCGAUGAAGAUCGGGAAAUCUAUGCCAAUUGGGGGUUGGGAGUAAGCACGACGUGGCAUUUGCUGAAUCCAUGGACCGAGAUUGCACGACAGAAACUGGGGAAACAGGAGGGGAAUUGGGGAAGAGAGGUUGAUCCGAGUGGGAAUCGAUGGGUGGUGGGUGGAAGCUGGGCCACAGAUGAGAUGGGGACCAUUAAAUGGGGUGCUGCGAGUAAGAGUGCUGACGAGAUACCCGAUUUGGUAGAGGCCUGUAAGAGUGUGGGUGUUUCGUGAAAACUUGGAGGGCAUCUAUGAUGUAGGCCAUGAACAUUUGAUCGUGGAGUUAUGGGGCGCAAUUAAUGUCGAGAAAAUUUGGCGACUCGGUUGGUUUGACUUGAAGAGCUCUAUCGGGCGGGAAUACGAGGAAAUAGAGUGAUGAUCCUACAGGUUACGAGUAACGAGGUAUUUUGCCUUGGAUUGGAUCGAGAAUGGAUUGUUUAACGCAGGUCCAAUGUUUCACAAUAUGCACAAUCUACAUUCAGGUCACCAACGAGUUGUUAGCCAGUCGGUUGCUCGCCAGUUCGGACAGUUCGGAAACGAAGGACUUGUCUGUAGAAGACGCGUCAAAUAUGUUUUUUUUUCUUUCAUUUAGGACAAUGAGACCUAGAAGAAUAUUCCCGUCCAUAGGUAUAUCGUAGAAACGAGAUAGAUAUUACCCUCAGCACUAAUAAAAUGACGUUGAGAUCUGAAAUUUUCUUUUG